UGUAUUAGGCCUAAUACAGGGACCGUACGCUAUUAUUUGAAAAGGGUAAUCAAACUGACUAUAACAGAACAGAAAUCUGCAGUAAAGGAUAUUUCAAAACUGUCCCGUUUAUCCAGGGAAUCAGAGCGGAUAAUUUGCCGCGAAAAACGUUACCAUAGAAACCUCGCACGGAGCAGUGUCCGUGUCGGCCUGGAGGUGGGAAGGUCGUUUGUAGUUUGUUUGUACUCGUCAUUUGUUCGGCAAUGGAUAUUAGUUUUAUAGGCUGAGUCUUGGCAGCGAUAAUUGAGCCAUUCUUGUCUGCUUUGGGCUUUCACUGCUACAAUGGGCUGCGGGACUAGUACCCCUAAAGAAAACGAAGAAAAUGAAGGUUCCAGGUUUGAUUUCAGUCGACGAAACACGAUAGUUGAAAAACCAAAUGUUGUCGUCGAGAUCGGGAAAGGUGUCAAGAAGAUCGACCCGGAGCGACGAAUUGUGUUCAUAUUCGGAGGUCCUGGAUCAGCGAAAGGUUGCAUCGUUAAUGAUCUCAAGGCUAUGUUUGGUUUUGCCUUCAUAUCGGCAGAAGAUUUAAUUCUGCAGAAACUUCCGACAAAAGCUGCAGGAUAUGGGGCUGAACCUGUUUCAGGAACACAUGGCCUGGCUGAACUAUUGAAGAAUAACCCAGAGUAUCUCACCUUGGACUGGGUCAUGGAAAUUCUUCUGGAGGAGAUUGAAAACUAUCCCAAUCAGCCAAUAUUGGUAGAUCUUAUUCCAAAUCUCAAGUUCAUGAUGAGGGUGGAUGGUUUCAUCAAGAAAUGUGAUAAAGAAAUGGAAGAGUUUGAAAGGAAGUUCCCUUGUGCGUUUGCAUUAAACUUGACGCUAUCCAAAGAGACUCUCCUGAGAAACAUUAAGAACAGCCACUCCCCUGCUUGUGCCAAGCCGCCAAGCCAAGACCCAAGGGAUGCCUCCUCUGACCAGGGAGAUGAAAUGGAUACAAGUAGAACUAAGCGUCGCUUUGCACUGUAUGAGAAGUCAGUGAAGGAUUUCUUGUACUACUUCAGUCUUGAGGACAGGAUAGUCAGAGUGGACACCUCUGCAGCGCAUGUGCAACAUGUGUGGGAGGCCAUGAUGGAUUUCUUUGCUGCUGACAUGGAUUUCAGUGCUAAUAGAGUGAUUAACACAGUUGUACUGUUUUCAUUUGACCAGAAAACUUUUCAGUCCAUAGAUACUAACAGAUACCCCAUGAAGGAAGUUUUACUUCAUGAACUCAUUAAGCAGCCUCAGGCCCCCGCUGAGGAUGUUCUCUCCAUACUUGCUAAACAUUUGGAUGAGAGUGCCUUACAGACACGUUCAUUCCUAGUGGAUGUAUCAGGAACAUCAAUUGACGAGGAACACAUCUCCGAACAGUUCACUAAGCCACAGAUUCUCUUCGUGGAUGUCAACAUUGGUCAGUUGGAUUACUUCAUGCACGGACUCAAGCGAAAAACAGACAGAAAAAAAUCCAUUUUCAGGAAAAAAGCGCAAAUAUACAAAGCAGUCAGUUCAACGGAGAACGAAACACUUUUGUUCCCAGAACAUAUCGACACCGAAAUCUGCAGAAGAAUCGCUAUCUGCUUAGCAGAGCAAAGAACUAGCUAAAAAAAUAUCUUUUGUAAGAAAGGACGCGAAGAUCGGCUUUUUUUACCCUCGUCGCGGAAGUUCGUUUUAUCACUUGAAUUACCUUGUCAGUAUUUACCUUGUCAGUCCAUAACGAAGAGUUGCCUUGCGGUGAUAAAAUCACUUUUCUCUGUUGACAUUCUCAAAUCGUAUUUACCUGGCGUCAAAGGUUGUUACAUACGCCUACGGAAUUUAUUUUUCAAAGAAAACAGAUUAUUUAUUGAAAAUUAUUGUUCAACGUUCAUAUUUAACGUUUUUGGUCACCACUCCCUGGUGUUCAAUCGCAUUCAUGGCUGGUAGCUGAAAAAAAUAGAACAGUUUUUGUUGCGUCAGGAGGAGAAUUCGUAAGUUUUAUUGACAAUGUACGACGAGUUACGUGUAUAUAGUUAUGAAUAUUUUUCCUGGUCGCUUUUUCCAAGUUGAA